AUGAGCUACGCCAACAACUGCAACCCUCCGCCUAGCGUCGCGUCGAUAUGCACCCAACGUGUCCUGUGUGUGCGGUGGAGUAUCCGCAGAACGCUGGAGUACUCCCUCACAGGCCAGUAUCCAUACUAUGCGUGCUGUCCGUACCGAGAUUCUCUUCGCCUGAUCGAAGCGGAGGAUACUGUGCCCAUACUCUUCAGUCCCGAGGCCGCUAUCGCACCGACACUGCGUGUUAGGAUUGAUAGGCGCCUCGCCGUGUUAUCAAUGGAACAACAGCGUGUCGACAAGACUCUCAAACGCGUGGCUGCUAGUACCGAAAUCGUUUCCAAACACGUCUGCGUGCAGCGAGCAAGUAUCUCCAGGCAUUACGGGAGCCUCGAUCGCAUCACGAACGAAGUGCGUGCACUUCAGAGGAAGGUGGGCGCCGUGCGCGCUGAAUGUGUUCGUGAAUACGAUGCAAUUAUCGCUCUUCGAGCGAAGUCUGCUGCGCAAGCAUCUUCCUUGAGGGCUGAAGACGCCACCCCACAGCUGGGGGAGCAACGUCGUCGACAGAGGUCUCCGUCAGCAGCAAAUACGGAGGAUGCUCCGUCCGCGAAGCGACGCAAGACCUGA